GGGGGGAAGAAAAUGACGGCGCUGACUACUGAAGAGGAGAGAACUGGUAGGAGAAGCCCCGGGCUGCUGCUGUUUGUAUCGACACCUGUAAGGAUGUGCUUUUAUUGAGGGCUUUUACCGUUUACAUCUCCUCGGCAUUGCCCGCCAAAAAUGAACAAACAACACAGCGGCGCGGACCCUGAGCAGCGCGAGCUGCCAAUUCAAACUGGAGGAGUUCGAAUCCCAACGGCUGAAGCGGCGCCGCCUGAAUAUAUUAGCGUGGAGUUAAAGAUUACACAUCAAUAAAUAAGAUAUUAGUACAUACAGUUUAAAAUAAUAUACGGUAGUAUCAAUACAUUUCAAAAGUCUCGUUUACACCGGGUGGUUGUGUGAAAAUGUUUCUAUUAACGGAAUAUAAGAAUGGUCAACAUUAGCCUACGAAGGGGAAUCUGUGGAGAAAAUACAAGUUAUCAGAAAGAUGAGCUGAGGAGGCGUGAAAUAAAGAAAAACCAGUCAUGCAAGAAACACCUAAACCUGAGCGUCGAGCCAACAGCGACUUCCCUGACGAACAACGACUGAUAGCUGCACGGGGAACCGGAAACAUCCAAGAUAACACAACAGCAGCUAGCUAACAUCCAAAAUAUAAGACGUUACAAACACUAAUUUUCUACUGACAAGCAACCCUCCAGAAUACAACAGCAUAUGACAUGCAGUCACGUCACGACACAAAAACAUCGCACGCAGUACCAAGAGAGAGGCGUGACCACAGGGUGCUGUCUCCUGAGCGCUGGUUAAGUGUCAGGGACAGGAGAGGGGAACCACCCUGGGUAUUCAUAAUCAUGGAAGCUGUAAAACUUUGAAUCUGCUUCUUGUGUGCCUGGAAACGUGAUUCCCUGCAUAUAUUAAAACAAACCUAACCCUGAUUGAAGAAAAGGACUCUGUGCAUUUUCUUCAAGACAUCGGAACUCACUUCAAAUCCACUUCAGUGCACUGAAAUACAUUGUUGUUUUAAAUCAUUUAUCAUUUUGUGUGCAUCCAAGAAGAAAACAUUCAUAUAUAGGCCUAUAUCUAUAUUCAUAUCUCUGUAUCUAUAUAUCAGUGAUAAUAGCAGUGUUAAAUCAAGACACAAUUGGGAUGAACUGAAAAGGUUAAUUUGUCUGGUGACACUCCUAAGAUGAAAUGUACCUGGUCCAGGAAGUUAAAAAUAAUGUUUCAAUUAUCAGUGGAGCAUCAAGAACACACCCUACACAGCGCCAGUAAAUCAACACAUUCUUCAGAGAUCGCAGCCCCGGCAGGUCCUGAUCCACAUCACGGGCGGGGAAUCAUGGCUGCAGAACAAGAGGCUGAAGAAACUGUUUCUCAAGAGCUGCACAGCCUCUCUGAGCUGAGGAUCGUGCUGCUUGGGAGAAGCUCGUACUGGAAGGUUGGGAAGAGUUCAUCAGGAAACACCAUCUUGGGCAGAGAGGAGGGUAGAUCUGGAUUCAGUGUCUCUGCAGAAACAAGGGAGUGUGAGAAGAGAACAGGAAAAGUGGCUGGGAGACGGGUCACUGUGGUCGACACUCCAGACUUGUUACACAGAGACCGGGUCGAGAUUAAGAGAUGUGUUUCUCUGUCUGCCCCGGGACCCCACGCUUUCCUCCUGGUGAUACGCGUGUAUCCAAAAGGAAUGAUUGACACUCACCGUGAGUCUAUAGUAGAACAGUAUUGCAAAUGCUUUGAUAAAGUGCAGGAGCUGUUUGGUGAGAGAGCUGUGAGGAACACGAUGAUCCUUUUCACCCGCAGGGAUCUUCUGGAAGGCAGGACGAUUGAGCAGCACAUUGAGGAAGCUGGUGAGGAGCUCCAGCAGCUUGUUGAGAAAUGUGGGAACAGGUAUCAUGUUCUCAACAAUGAGGACAGGAGCGAUCACACUCAGGUCACACAGCUCCUGGACAAGAUAGACAGCAUGGUGAAGGGAAGUGGAGGCUGCUACAUCCCAAAUGAGAUUUACCAGCAGGUAAAAGAAAGGAUUAGACUAAAGGAACAGGAACUGAAUGAGAAACACAAAGAGGAACUGAGCAGGAAAGAAGAGAUGAAACAGAAAUAUGAGGAGGAACAGAGGAGGAGAGAAGAAAUGAAACAAAAAUUUGAGGAGGAACAGAGGAGGAGAGAAGAGGAGAUGAAACAGAAAUAUGAGGAGGAACAGAGGAGGAGAGAAGAGGAGCUGACGGAGAAGUUGAGGAAGCAAAUGAAGGAAGAGGAGCUGGAGAAAGAGGCAGAGGAAUCCAAGCUGCCUGUCAGGAGAAGGAACAGCAAUGAAGGACAUCGUCCCAACAUGUCUGGAGGUGAAGGAGAGGCUCCCCUUGCAGACAACCAAGAGCCUCCCAGCCCCCCUGAGCUGAGGAUGGUGCUGCUUGGGAAGACUGCGGCUGGGAAGAGAGCAGCAGGAAACACCAUCCUGGGCAGAGAGGAGUUCAGAUCUGAAGCCAGUUCCUCUGCAGUAAUGAGGGAGUGUGAGAAGAGAACAGGAGAAGUGGCUGGGAGACGUGUUGCUGUGAUCAACACUCCAGAGCUCUCUCAGGACAAACUCCAGAUUAGGAGCUGUGUUUCUCUGUCUGCCCCGGGACCCCACGCUUUCCUCCUGGUGAUACCGGUGGCCCAAUUCACAAAGCAAGAGAGAAGAGCAGUGGAGACAGUCCAGGAGAUAUGCAGUGAGGAAACUGUGAGGUACACGGUGCUCCUUUUCACACACAGUGACAAACUGAAAGGCAAGACCAUUGAGGAUUAUAUUCAGACAGGCAGCAAGGAGCUCCAGCAGCUUGUUAAGAAAUGUGGGAACAGGUAUCAUGUUCUCAACAAUGAGGACAGGAGCGAUCGCACUCAGGUCACACAGCUCCUGGACAAGAUAGACAACAUGGUGAAGGGAAAUGGAGGCUGCUACCUCCCAAUAUCAUCUGAGAUUUACCAGGAGGUAGAAGAAAGGAUUAGACUAAAGGAACAGGAGCUGAAUGAGAAACACAAAGAGGAACUGAGCAGCAAAGUGAAGGAGAUGAAACAGAAAUAUGAGGAGGAACAGAGUAGGACAGGAGAGGAGCUGAUGGAGAAGGUGAGAAAGCAGAAGGAGCGAGUGGAGAAACAGGCAGAGGAAUCCCAGCUGCCUGUGAGAAGAAGGAACAGCAUUAAAGGAAGACGUCCACACUUGUCUGGAGGUGAAGGAGAGGCUCCCCUUGCAGAUACCCAAGCGCCUCCCAGCCCCCCUGAGCUGAGGAUGGUGCUGCUUGGGAAGACUGCGGCUGGGAAGAGAGCAGCAGGAAACACCAUCCUGGGCAGAGAGUUCAGAUCUGAAGCCAGCUCCUCUGCAGUAACGAGGGAGUGUGAGAAGAGAACAGGAGAAGUGGCUGGGAGACGAGUUGCUGUGAUCAACACUCCAGAGCUCUCUCAGGACAAACUCCAGAUUAGGAGCUGUGUUUCUCUGUCUGCCCCGGGACCCCACGCUUUCCUCCUGGUGAUACCGGUGGCCCGAUUCACAGAGCAAGAGAGAAGAGCAGUGGAGACAGUCCAGGAGAUAUGCAGUGAGGAAACUGUGAGGUACACGGUGCUCCUUUUCACACACAGUGACAAACUGAAAGGCAAGACCAUUGAGGAUUAUAUUCAGACAGGCAGCAAGGAGCUCCAGCAGCUUGUUGAGAAAUGUGGGAACAGGUAUCAUGUUCUCAACAAUGGGGACAGGAGCGAUCGCACUCAGGUCACACAGCUCCUGGACAAGAUAGACAACAUGGUGAAGGGAAAUGGAGGCUGCUACCUCCCAAUAUCAUCUGAGAUUUACCAGGAGGUAGAAGAAAGGAUUAGACUAAAGGAACAGGAGCUGAAUGAGAAACACAAAGAGGAACUGAGCAGCAAAGUGAAGGAGAUGAAACAGAAAUAUGAGGAGGAACAGAGUAGGACAGGAGAGGAGCUGAUGGAGAAGGUGAGAAAGCAGAAGGAGCGAGUGGAGAAACAGGCAGAGGAAUCCCAGCUGCCUGUCAGGAGAAGGAACAGCAUUAAAGGAAGCCGUCCAGACUUGUCUGGAGGUGAAGGAGAGGCUCCCGUUGCAGAUACCCAAGCGCCUCCCAGCCCCCCUGAGCUGAGGAUGGUGCUGCUUGGGAAGACUGGGGCUGGGAAGAGUGCAGCAGGAAACACCAUCCUGGGCAGAGAGGAGUUCAGAUCUGAAGCCAGCUCCUCUGCAGUAACGAGGGAGUGUGAGAAGAGAAAAGGACAAGUGGCUGGGAGACGUGUUGCUGUGAUCGACACUCCAGAGCUCUCUCAGGACAAACUCCAGAUUAGGAGCUGUGUUUCUCUGUCUGCCCCGGGACCCCAUGCUUUCCUCCUGGUGAUACCGGUGGGCCGAUUCACAGAGGAAGAGAGGAGAGCUGUGGAGACAGUCCAGGAGAUAUUCAGUGAGGAGGCUGUGAGGAGGUACAUGAUGCUCCUUUUCACACACAGUGACAAACUGAAAGGCAAGACCAUUGAGGAUUAUAUUCAGACAGGCAGCAAGGAGCUCCAGCAGCUUGUUGAGAAAUGUGGGAACAGAUAUCAUGUUCUCAACACUGAGGACAGGAGCGAUCGCACUCAGGUCACACAGCUCCUGGACAAGAUAGACAACAUGGUGAAGAGAAACAACGGCAGCUACUACACCAGUGAGAUGUACCAGCAAGCAGAAGCAAAGAUCAGACAAAGACAAGAGGAGAUACUGAAGGAGAAGGAAGAGACGAUAUUGAGGGAGGAAGAGGAACUGAGGGCAAAGCACCUGAAAGAACUGGAGAACACGAAAAGGAAGAUGAGAUUGGAAAUCCAGAAACGAGACGAGAAGAUCAGAGAGCUGGAGGAGAGGAUAGGAGAGCUGGAGGAAGAGCUGAGGAAAGAACAGGGAGAGAAUCGCAGGAUCAAACUGGAGGAAGAGCUGAGGAGAAAGAGAGAGGAGAGAGAAAGGGUGGAGCGAGAGAAGGAGGAGUGCAUGGAGAAGGGGGAGAGAGAGAGGGGAGAGUACGAGGAGAAACACAGGAGAGAGAUAGAGGCAGUCAGGCAGCGCUACCAGGAAAUCAUUAGACCAGAAGCAGAGAGAGCCAAUGAAUUUAUAAGCAGAUAUGAAAAGCCAGCUGAAGCGAGAGGAGAAAGGGCAGCACUAGGGGCAGUGAUCAGUGCAGUAGCAGGAGCACUGAGAGAAGGGGCUGCGAUCGGGACAGUAUUACACACAGUAGCAGAAACAAUAGAGGCAGCACCACAGGAACCCAGUCAAGAGCAGUGAGACAGGGGGUGGUGUUAUUGGACUGAGGGGUGGUGUUAGUGGGGGGAGAGGGGUAUUAUUGAAUAAUUUGAAUGCAGGGUUAUUAGAGAUUCCCACCAGACACUGAGUGACUGACCAGGAACACAGACAAACUCUGCUGCAAGAGAUUCCCACCAGACACUGAGUGAGACUGACCAGGAACACAGACAAACUCUACUGCAAGAGAUUCCCACCAGACAAUGAGUGAGACUGACCAGGAACACGUGCAAGUGCAGUGAGACAGGGGGUGGUGCUAUUGAAUAAUAUCUGUACAAGAUCUGACGUCCAUAUUCAGAAAAACACUUGUUCUGUUUCACCCUGUAACAAUAUAAACACUGAGUAACACUGACAAGCUGUUACAAUAGGGACUCCAUAUCAAUGAAGGCUUGAACA